GCUCGCAUAAGAGUCUGUCCAAAUCUGGCGAUUAGCUCCAUCAACACAUCUUCCGGCGUUUCAUCAACAUUUUCUGAGUAGUAACCAGAGCUGCUCAAAGAAAAGGGGAGGGAGAGAUUGAGAAAUGAAGCGGUUCAGAAAUUUCUGGUGAAAUCGAAAAAAAAUGGAUGAAGUAAGUGAAUCUGAGUCCCAGGGACGAAACUCCAAGGUGGACGAAGAUGGUUCAACAAUUCCGUCCAUUAUAACCGAAGAAUAUUUUGAAGAAAUAGCCAUAAAAUGUCGAGCCAUGGUACGAAAUUUGUUAACAAAUCUGAAUACAGAGGCUGCCGACGAGAUGCAAACAAUGCUAACGGUUGCCGAGCACUUACGAUCUAAUUUGGAAAAUGAAAUGGAGCGUGUAAAACAAGCACAAAAGCAAUACGAUGAAUUGUUGGCACGAUACGAUGAAACGGUGAAACUAUGGGCAACGGACAAAGAAAAAAUUCGCAAACAACGCGAUGAAAUUGAUCAGGCAUGGCGUGAACGAGACGCAGCACUUCUAAGAGAUCAAAUGGCUCAAACACAAAUGUAUUCGAUGCGAGAGAAACUCGAAGCCGUCGAAAGUGCCGUAAAAAAUGUGAACAAAAAUACAAGAGACGAACUUGGUAUGUCAUUGACGAAGCAAAAAGAGAGUUUGAUGCGUGAUCGUGACCGAUUGGCAGCCGAAGUAGAUGAUUUGAAUAAAAAAUUGCAACAACAACGUCUGCAAACCGAAGCCGUUGAAAAGAGACGUGCCGAACACGAAGAGAAAUGUCGCGAAUUGUAUAAAAUGUUAGAUGAAGCAUCAACUGAAGCGUUCAAAGAAAAACGAGCUUUGGACCAAAUGCGAGUCUCUUUAAAUGACAUUACCAUCGAACGAAAUUCCUUGAGCGAACAAUUAAAAUUCUUUCAAUCUCAGAGUGAGACUUUCCAAGCUAAUAACGUCCAAUUAAAUUUGAAAAUCGGCGCAAUCAAAGCGAAUUUAUUGCGAAUGACAUCUCAAUAUAAUGUGUGUAAUGGUAAAUUGACAAAGGCAAUAUCGGAUUUGGAUGAAACGACGUCAAAAUGCGACCAAUUGCAAAUCGAUCUGUUUCACCAACAAAAUACGGCCAAGCAAAGGGAGGCCGAACUGGGACGCAUAGUUCGUGAAAAUGGCCAAAUGAUGAAAACUCGUGAUGCCAUUCAGAAGCGAAUUCAAACACUCGAAACUGAAAAAACGGAAUUAGUUAAAGAGGUCACAAAAUUAAGUAAUUCCAUUAUCAUGCUCGAAAAACAGCAUGAAAUUAAUCAGAAGGCUUUUGAUAAAGUCCAGAAAUUAUCCGAUGAAGUUUUACGCGAACGUGACGCUAUUCACAAGGAACUCAAGAAAAUGGAAAAAAUAGUUGAAACACAACUUGGUGUCAUAAAAUUACAUGAGCAACAAUGUCAAAGUCUCGAAAGUCAAGUAAAAACUUUGACCACCGCCAUCGAAGUGAAUAAGAAAAAUUUCAACAAUCUUAAGCGUGAACGUGAUCGAAACGUUAGCAAUUCUCUGGCGAAAAAUGACAAGAUGGAUGCCACGCAAUCCGAAUUAACAAUAAAAAUGAAAGAAAUCGUUGAUCUGACAUGGGAUUUGAAUCAAACACGAACCAAAUUGACGCACACGCAACAACAAUUAGAAACCGAAACAGCCGAACGUAUCGCAAUGCAGAAAAAUCUCGAUACAAUUACCGAUGACCGAAACGACGUGCGCGAAAAACUUCGAAUUGCGAUUGCCGAGCAAAAUAAAUUGAAGCAAACAAUUUCGGCAAAAAAUACAGAAAAUGUACGAGCCCAGAAGCAAAUUGAUCGAAUUGAAAAAGAAAAAAGCACUCUAAAAAUUGAACUACAAAAUGCUACCGUUUCAUGUCAGCAUAUUCGUACGGAGCUUGCCGAGCGAGAGCAUGAAUGUCGGUCGUUGUAUCGUGCUUUGGCGGAUGAAGAGAAAAAAUGCACUCAAAUGGAAAAAAAAGUGGAUGCCAUUCAAAAUGAAAAGGACCACAUCGGUGCUGAACUUGUAAAAAAGACCGACGAAAAUCGUGUUUGGGAAGAAAAACGUGAAGUGAUGAAAGUUGCACUGGAUCGAGGUGAACGGCAUUACAUUGAACGGCUGGAAGACAUUCGACUUUUGAAAAUUGAAAUUAAAAAUCUGCGCCACAGAAACCGACUACUAACACACGGCAUUUGCAAUACAAUUGAUAUGCGACAAGAGGUACUACAACUGCACCGUGAAUUGAAUCAAGAACGUGUUAAAUGUCGAGCACUUGAAGAUGAGCUGAGCACACCGCUCAAUAUACAUCGUUGGCGAAAAUUGUCCGGCAAAGAUCCAGAGAAAAUGGACCUCGUUGUUAAAAUACAAACGCUUCAAAAACGAAUUUUAUUCCAGACUGCCGUUGCCGUAGAAAAGGAAAACGCGUUGCGUCAAUCCAACAUUUUGUACAAUGCACUGAAGUCAGCGAUGGAACAAUUUUCCAAUGUUGACAAAAUAAAGCAACAACUUUGCUACACGCGUCGUGCACUGACGGCAAAAACACGAAAAAUUAAAGCCUUGUCGGCCGAAUCGAAUAUUAAAGACGAGGAGAUUAAGCUAAAAGAUACGAAUUUGAAACAACUUCGCGAAGAUCUCAUGAAUAAAAAGCAACAUUUACUGUAUGAAAAACGUGACAAACAAAAAUUAAAAACACAGUUAGACGUCAUCAAAACGCAGAUAAACAACGGCUUUUUGGAACGACCAUUGAGUAAUCCGGUCCAAAAAACGGCUGGCUUUUCGAAUUCUCAGCACGACCAGUGA